CGUAGGGGCGGGGGCCGCGCCUCUUUCUGCAGCUAUUCAGGCGUGGUUUUAGAAUAUGUGAGGGGCUGUGGGGUGUCCCGCGUGCCCAAGGCGCGCGGUUUGUUUUUGGCGUUUGCUGCUGAAUGUGUUGUCUCCGUUCCGCCCUUUAGGGAAGCGGGAAGCAGGAGAGGUUCCGUGGGGACCGAGCUGGCACCCUUGAAGGGGAAGGGGUCUCGAGCGCCUAAGGGCUUGCUGCGGCCCGGAAGAGGGGAGAAGAGAGGGUCCCCGCAGGCUGCGUCCGAACGCGCUCUGCAUCAGGGCUGGUCACGAGGAGGGCCUGGGCAGCCGCGCGAUGUUCGGGGCCCGGUGUCUCCUCCGAGCCCUGCGCUCCUGUUCCUCCGUUCCCUGCCCAAGGCACAAACCUUCAACAAAACUGAGCGUGCGGGACGCUCUCGGUGCCCAGAACGCGAAUGGGGAGCGCGUUAAGGUCCAGGGGUGGAUUCGUUCAGUCCGAUCCCAGAAGGAAGUCUUAUUCCUACAUGUAAACGAUGGUUCAUCCUUGGAAAGCCUGCAGGUUGUAGCAGAUUCGAGCUUUGACAGUAGAGAAGUGGCUUUUGGGAGUUCUGUGGAAGUUCAAGGGCAGCUAGUAAAAAGUCCAUCCAAAAGACAAAAUGUGGAACUGAAGGCAGAAAAAAUUGAAGUUGUUGGAAAUUGUGAUGUCAAGGCUUUCCCUUUAAAAUAUAAAGAGCGGCAUCCUCUGGAGUAUCUGAGACAGUAUCCUCACCUUCGGUGCAGGACUAAUGUUUUGGGUUCUAUCCUGAGAGUUCGCAGUGAAGCCACAGCUGCUGUCCAUUCUUUUUUUAAGGACAGUGGCUUUGUGCAUAUUCACACUCCAGUAAUCACAUCCAACGACUGUGAAGGGGCCGGAGAACUUUUUCAAGUUGAACCUUCAAGCAAAAUAAAGGUACCUGACGAGAACUUCUUCAGUGUUCCCGCUUUCUUAACUGUCUCGGGACAGCUGCAUCUCGAAGUGAUGUCAGGAGCUUUUACUCAAGUGUUUACCUUUGGUCCAACAUUCCGAGCAGAGAAUUCUCAGACCCGGAGACACCUGGCCGAGUUUUAUAUGGUAGAAGCAGAGAUUUCUUUUCUUGAGAGCCUUCAAGAUCUCAUGCAGGUUAUGGAGGGCCUCUUCAAGACUGCGACAAGGGCCGUUCUCGCAAAUUGUCAGGAAGACGUUGAACUCUGUCACAAGUUCAUAGCUCCUGGCCAAAAGGACAGAUUAGAACAUAUGCUAAAACACAACUUUCUAGUCAUUUCUUAUACUGAGGCAGUGGAGAUCUUAAAGCAAGCAUCCCAGAACUUCACCUUCACCCCAGAGUGGGGUGCUGAUCUACACACGGAGCAUGAAAAGUACCUGGUGAAGCAUUGUGGUGACAUCCCGGUCUUUGUCAUUAAUUAUCCCUUAUCUCUCAAGCCGUUCUACAUGAGGGAUAACGAAGACGGCCCUCGGCACACAGUUGCUGCUGUUGAUCUUCUGGUUCCUGGAGUUGGAGAACUUUUUGGAGGAAGCCUCAGAGAGGAACGGUAUCAUUUCUUAGAGCAGCGGUUGGCCAGGCUGGGACUCCAAGAAGCCUACCAGUGGUAUCUGGACCUCCGUCGAUUUGGAUCUGUACCGCAUGGAGGUUUUGGGAUGGGAUUUGAACGCUAUCUGCAGUGCAUCUUGGGAAUUGACAAUAUCAAAGAUGUAAUCCCUUUUCCAAGAUUUACUCAUUCGUGUCUUUUAUAGCUGGAAGAUUGGUUAAGGAAAACCACACCAGCGGAGGUACUGCACAUGAACACACACGGGAGAAUGCAUGUUUGAACUGCAGAAAUGCAGGAGUUUUCAAUAUGUAAUUGUCAUGCUGUGAGAUAGAUGAAAAAUACACAUGAUCAGGAUUUUAUUAGAAAGUUGAAGGCAUUUCAUGAAAAGAUGAACUCGCUCAAGAAGAGGGACUUAUAGCAGAUGGAAUCUCAGAUCUGCUGUAUCAAUUAAGAAGAAAUGAACAAAUUGAAUUAGAUGAUAUUAAAGGUCCUUUCAAACUCGAAGACAGAAUGAAAGAGUGUGUUUUACUUCGUCUUUAAUCAGUAGGCCACUGCCCUGUGUGAACUUGGAGAAGCAGCUAGUAGCUAAAAAUAAAAUGUUGGAUCUUUUCUCACUUGCCAUUUAACCUAUCGUAAAUUCCCAUGUUAUUUUCAGUGCUUUACUAAACAUCACAGAAGAAAAUAUUCCUUUUGGGAGUCUUCAUUGAGUUAAUAAAGCUGCUUUGUGAAUUGAAAUCUUUUUUAUCAGACUGCCUGAAAAAAUUACACUUAAUAACUGUUGGUCCUUAAUUAUAAAAACUGAGAUGUAUUAAUUAUUUAAGCGAAUCACUGGUAUGUUACGGUUAGUUUGUGUUAGAUGUUUAUAAUGUUUCUGAUAAGCAAUAAAAAUAUACUUUUGAUGCCUAUGAAAGAAACCGGUUUUUAAAUUCCAUUUGGCCUUUUCCCAGUGAAAUUUGGAAGAAAGGUAUUUUCAAUCCAAGACGAUAUAUAGCUAAACCCAAAGGGUGAGUGAUUCUGGAGUCAAAAAGUAACGGAGCGUAUCAAAGUGAGAAGAUCCUGGACGUUCGUGACCUGACAGCUCUGGCACCGCAUGUGUGAGUUCAGAUGAAACACUCACUCUCUCUGAACUCAUGCGUCAGUUUCCUCACAGAGUUGAUAUAGUAGUUACAUAACUGUGUGUGUGUGUGUGUGUUUCAGACUGUGAAACGCUGCAUAAAUUUUGUUGAACUCUUUACCUUUAGUCUUCAUCAAGGCACGGAUCGAUGGACUUAAUGGCAAAUUGUAAACUCAGUACAAUUUAUAAUCCUAUGUAUUAAAUGAUUAUAAAAAGACA